GGGCGGGGCUCGAGACCGGGGCGGGGCGACCGUAGUCCCGGAGCCCAGCGGUCGGCGGCCGGCGGCGGGAGAAGGCGCGAGGGGAGCGCGAGACACUCGCUGGUUGGGGAGAUCGGCGCUCAGCCGGGUGAGCGUGAGCCUGGGAGAUGGCAGUGAUGGAAAUGGCCUGCCCGGGCGCCCCUGGUUCGGCUGCCGGGCAGCAGAAGGAGCUCGCCAAAGCCAAGGAGAAGACACAGGCAAUGGGGAAGAAGCAAGGCGCCGUCACCAAGCUCGAGGCUGUAGAAAAGAGCCCCGUGUUCUGCGGGAAGUGGGACAUCCUGAACGACGUGAUUACCAAAGGCACCGCCAAGGAAGGCUCUGAGGGAGGACUGGCCGCCAUCUCCAUCAUUGCCCAGGCCGAAUGUGAGAACAGCCAAGAGUUCAGCCCCACCUUUUCAGAGCGGAUCUUCAUCGCUGGGUCAAAACAGUACAGCCAGUCGGAGAGCCUUGAUCAGAUCCCCAACAAUGUGGCCCAUGCGACGGAGGGCAAAAUGGCUCGUGUGUGUUGGAAGGGGAAGCGCCGCAGCAAAGCCCAGAAGAAACGCAGAAAGAAGAGCUCCAAGUCCCUGGCUCAGGCCGGAGUGGCCUUGGCCAAACCGCUCCCCAGAACCCCGGAGCAAGAGAGCUGCACAGUCCCCGUACAGGAGGAUGAAUCCCCACUAGGCCCUCUGUAUGUUAGAAACACCCUCCAGUUCACCAAGCCUCUGAAGGAGCCAGGCCUCGGCCAACUAUGCUUUAAGAAACUCGAGGAGGGCCUACGGCCAGCCCUGCCUCGCUCAGAACUCCACAAACUCAUCAGCCCCUUGCAAUGUCUGAAUCAUGUGUGGAAACUCCACCACCCCCAGGAUCUCGGCCCCUUGCCCCAGCCCGCUCACCCCUUCCCCUACAGCAGACUGCCCCAUCCCUUCCCGUUCCACCCUCUCCAGCCCUGGAAACCUCACCCCUUAGAGUCCUUCCUAGACAAACUGACCUGUGUAGAUAACCAGCAGCCCCUGUCUGGCCAUCACCUGGGCAAACUGGCCCGUGCAGACAGUCAGAAGCCGGUGCCUGGCCCCCACCUGGAGCCCAGCUGCCCAGCCCACACCCCGCGGGAGAAGUUUUCCGUGGAAGAGUACCUUGUGCACGCUCUGCAGGGCAGCGUGAGCUCCGGCCGGGCCCACAGCCUGGCCAGCCUGGCCAAGACCUGGUCGGCAGGGGGUUCCAAGCCCCGGAAGCCUAGCCCUGAGACAGAAGACAGCGAGGGGGUUCUGCUGACAGAGAAACUCAAGCCGGUGGAUUAUGAGUACCGAGAGGAGGUCCACUGGGCCACGCGCCAGCCCUGCCUGGGCAGAGGCUCCUUUGGAGAAGUGCACAGGAUGGAGGACAAGCAGACCGGCUUCCAGUGCGCCGUCAAAAAGGUGCGCAUCGAAGUGUUUCGGGCAGAGGAGUUGGUGGCAUGUGCAGGAUUGACUUCCCCCAGAAUCGUCCCUUUGUAUGGAGCUGUGAAGGAAGGUCCUUGGGUCAACAUCUUCAUGGAACUGCUGGAAGGUGGCUCGCUGGGCCAGCUCAUAAAGCAGAAGGGCUGUCUGCCGGAGGACCGGGCCCUUUACUACCUGGGCCAGGCUCUGGAAGGGCUGGAAUACCUCCACACCCGAAGAAUUCUGCACGGAGAUAUCAAAGCUGACAAUGUGCUCCUGUCUAGCGACGGGAGCCGUGCCGCCCUCUGCGACUUCGGCCAUGCUGUAUGCCUUCAACCUGAUGGCCUGGGGAAGUCACUGGUCACCGGGGACUACAUCCCGGGCACGGAGACCCACAUGGCCCCAGAGGUGGUGAUGGGCCAGCCCUGUGACGCCAAGGUGGACGUCUGGAGCAGCUGUUGCAUGAUGCUGCACAUGCUCAACGGCUACCAUCCGUGGACCCAGUACUUCAGGGGGCCGCUCUGCCUCAAGAUCGCCAGCGAGCCCCCGCCUGUGAGGGAGAUCCCGCCCUCCUGCACCCCGCUCACUGCCCAGGUCAUCCAGGAGGGACUGAGGAAAGAGCCUGGCCGCCGGGCCUCUGCGGUGGAGCUGGGGGGAAAGGUCAGCCAGGCGCUGCACCACGUGGGAGGUCUGAGGAGCCCUUGGAGGGGAGAGUGCAAAGAGCCAAGACAUCCGCCGCCACACCCAGCCCAGGCACUGCCCAGCCAAGGCCACUCUCCCCGGACCCCGGAGACCCCGCAUGCCCAGCUGAGGGAGCUCUCGCCUGGGACUCCGGGGCCCCAGCCAACUGAGGACACGACAGGCGGGGCCCCUCAGCUCCAACCUCCACUACCCCCAGAGCCUCCGGAGCGGAACAAGUCUCCGAGCCUGAACUGGGGCAAGGAGGAGUUUGGGACCUGGGAGCCAUUGCCUCUGUCCUCCCUGGACCCGGCCCCUGUGAAAAACCCCAGCUCAAUGGAGAGGAAGGCAACGCUCCCUGAACAGGAGCUGCAGCAGCUGGAAAUGGAACUAUUUCUGAACAGCCUGUCCCAGCCCUUUUCGCUGGAGGAGCAGGAGCAAAUUCUCUCGUGCCUCAGCAUUGACAGCCUCUCUCUGUCCGACGACAGUGAGAAGAACCCAUCAAAGGCCUCCCAGAGCUCGCGGGACACCCUGAGUUCUGGCGUGCACUCGUGGAACAGCCAGGCCGAGGCUCGCAGCUCCAGCUGGAACAUGGUGCUGGCCCGGGGGCGGCCCACUGACACUCCGAGCUAUUUCAACGGUGUGAAAAUCCAGAUACAGUCUCUCAAUGGCGAACACCUGCACAUCCGGGAGUUUCACCGGGUCAAGGUGGGGGACAUCGCAACUGGCAUCAGCAGCCAGAUCCCGGCCGCAGCCUUCAGCUUGGUGACCAAGGACGGGCAGCCCGUGCGCUAUGACAUGGAGGUGCCGGAUUCGGGCAUUGACCUGCACUGCACCCUGGCCCCUGACGGCAGCUUUGCCUGGAGCUGGAGGGUCAAGCACGGCCAGCUGGAGAACAGGCCCUGAGCUAGCCUCCCACCGCUGACUCCACUCCGAGGGAGGCAGCCGCCUCAUCGGUGCUUGGCUCUGCCCCUGGCACCCGGGCUCAGCCUGCUCCCAGGGACCUGCCACCCCCUGGCUCAGUAGGGGGACAAGGUUGUCCCGUGCCCUGCCUGACCCCACCAGGAGAGCACCCUGUGCCCACAUGGGGAGGAGGAGGGCAGCAGGAGACCACUUCCCGUAAGUGGGGAGUGAAAAGGGUCUGUUCUGCUCUGGUCCCCGUGAGCUGGCCUGACCUAUUUGGAUCAGUGGCCCCUUGCUGGCUGUCAGGGGAGCGUAGCUUCCGGCCUGGGUCGGGAAGGAGUGGGCAAGUCCCUCAGCCUCCGAGCAGAUGGGAGGCUGUCGAGUGUCUGAGGACCCACACCCAGGUCUGGUACAGGAGCGGACCAGCAUCUGUACCUACCGUGGGGUGAACGCGGAGCCCUCUGACCCCCUUGUGUUGCCAUCGAAGCCUCUUUUUGAUCUAGGAACUUUGCCGACAGGGUCAGGGACUCCUGACGCUGGGAAGUCUUCCUAGGAGACCACGGCACAGCAUCAGGGCAUAGCAACAUAGGUCCGGAGCCGGACUCAGCUUCCGCCAGGACCACAGGUGUCUAAGUGAAAUGGUUCUCAGUCCCCAAGCACGUGUCCCGUCGCUGCUAGCCACCAGUCUCUCCCAGAGCAGCAGGCCUUGAGCCGUGGCUACAGACCCGGCAUGGCCCAUGGCUCACUGGCCCUCUGCCCUCUGCCCUCUCGGUCUGUCCGAGUGAAGGGUGGCAGGAGCCCAGCCCACUAGGAGCUGGGCCUACAGACGGGCCUACAAGCGGGCUGUGAUCCGUGUGCAAGAAAGUGGCAGGCGCUGGCGCUCCUGUCCCCUCCCGGCAGUGGCUUUAGACAUCAUGCACCCCAGUUUCCUGAGACACAGCCUGGGCCUCACACUCACCCUGGCCCUGCCGUGCCCCUCUCUUCGGGGGGGCAUUGCCAACCGCACUUUGCACUCUGAUGACCUCAAAGCACUUUCACGGCUGCCCUCCAGGAGGGCAGGUCGGUGGCUCUGCACGCACAUCAGCAGGCUGGGAGAUGGGGUGAAGGGAUUCGAAUCUUGACCUGUCUCCAUGCACAUGACCCCUCAAACCUCCGGAUUUCUUUAAGAUGAGCCCCCCCACGCCAUACCCCAUUACCCCAGCCCAGUCUCUUCUUCGAUGGGGGGGGCUGAUCAGGACUCAUGUAGCAUUAAUCAACUGUGAAUCCUUGUGUGGGGGCUGGCUAGCCUCUGCUCCUGGAGGUGAGGGGUGUCCCCUGGGAGUUCUCCUCGGGGAGAAGCUCAUCCCGGUUUCUUGCCAAAGUGGCCUCUGUCCAGCUAUCCACAUGAAGCCAUUCUGCUCCCCAGGGAGAGACACCCCCCCACCACCAGCCCCCAGCACGUGAAGAGCUGCAGCCUUUCCGUACUGCAGAGUUUGGGUGGUACUCUUUGUAAGCAAUAAAGUUUGGGGUGAUGACAAA